UGUAUCUUAAAGAAAAUUUGAGUCCUUUGCAGCGGCAGGUCGAAGGGGUUCACUCGAUCGCUGCCUGGAAGGGCGGUGGGCUGCAGCGGGGGCCGUGCAAGGGGCUCGGACACGCUGUCACCUCCUCAGCCCGGCGGGCAGCGACGCCCGACACCCGGCGGUGUGAGGACAGGGCCCGAGCAGGCCCGCGUCGCCAUGGCGACAGCGCGGCGCUGCGGCCAUGGCGGAGGAUGGCCUAGUAGCUGAAAUUGAGAAAAAGAUUACAGAAGCUUUUGAGGUGUUUGACCGUGAAUCCAAUAAAACAGUGGAUGCCAGGGAGAUUGGUUGCAUUAUCAGAUCACUAGGUUGCUUCCCAAAUGAGGCAGAAGUACAGGAACUGCUUGCAAAGAUAGAAGUAGAAGAACCGGGUGGAUUCGUUCAUCUGGAAAAAUUUCUUCCAGUGAUGACAAAAGUUCUACUUGACAGAAGAUUCCGACCUAUUCCAGAAGAUGUUAUUCUACAUGCAUUUGAGGCUUUGGAUAAGAAUAAAUGUGGAUAUAUUACCAAAGAAGACCUAGUCAAACAUUUGACUGAAGAAGGUGAGCCCUUUACUCAGGAGGAGAUGGAGGACAUGCUUGCCGUUGCUCUAGAUCCAGAAACAGAUACUCUUCACUACAGAGAUUACCGUACAAAGCUGGUAGUAGAUGAAACCAAGACCUUCCCUUUUAAUGUCUGAGAUGCCUUUUGGUAACAGCACUGUGGCUUGACAGAUAGUUGAAAUAUGUAUUUUAAUGUAUAACAAAGCUCAGCUUGUGACUUGGUGCUUAUAAUUAAAAUGAAAUCUGUG